CCGCGCCUCGUCUCUAUGGCGGCCACUCGGCAGUCCCGGGCGCGGAGCAGCAUGAUCGCGGGAGGAGGCGCCGAGGUCGCGGCGCGGUCCCAAGAGGACAGUCCCGGAGGGGCUGACUUUGCCCCGUCGGCGCUGGGGACCCGACAGCAUUGGGAUGCUGUCUAUGAGAGAGGACUGAACAAUUUCCAAGAAUAUGGAGAUAGAGGAGAAAUUUGGUUUGGGGAAGAGAGUAUCAAUCGACUGACAAGGUGGAUGCAGAGACAAAAGAUUCCACUGGAUGCUUCAGUGCUCGAUAUUGGAACUGGAAAUGGUGUUUUCCUGGUUGAACUUGCAAAACUUGGUUUCUCCAAUAUUACUGGAAUUGAUUAUUCCCCUCCUGCAAUACGGCUGUCUGGAAGUGUCCUAGAGAAAGAAGGCCUAUCUAACAUUAAGUUGAAGGUGGAAGACUUUUUGAAUCUCCCCACAGAGCUGUCUGGAUUUCACGUUUGUAUUGACAGAGGGACUUUCGAUGCCAUAAGCCUCAAUCCUGACAAUGCAGCUGAGAAGAGGAAGCAGUAUGUGAAAUCUCUCUCCAGGGUGUUGAAAGUGAAAGGCUUUUUUCUAAUAACCUCGUGUAAUUGGACCAAGGAAGAGUUGCUAAAUGAAUUCAGUGAAGGACUGGAGCUCUUCGAGGAGUUGCCAACACCCAAGUUCAGCUUCGGAGGCCGAUCCGGAAGCAGUGUAGCGGCGCUGGUUUUCCAGAAAACGCGAGACUUCUCCUUGGACAAACCCAGUUAGCUUUUUUUUUUUUUUUUUUUUUUUAACGGAGCCCCUCGUCAGAGCAAACCUGACACAGAAAGUGCAAGUGCAAGUAAAUGCUUAGUAAGUACACCGGACGCACGUGUCGGGCAGAAGCAAAGGUCACGAGCGUGGACGUGGGUGGGUUUUAGAGAGCAACAAAGAGUAACUUGAAAUGCUCUUUUGUAUUUGAAAUGUAACUACUUUUUUCUUUUAGAUCGAAAACAGUUUUCUGUACCUGCUGAACAGUUAAAAACUUGAAAGCAGUAAAUGAAUUCUCAGAAAGUAUGUCUUCUUGA